GCUGUAGCCCCUCCACAAUAAAAGUCUGAGGUCUGAAGCUUGAGAGUUGACAUUCCUGGAGCGGGUCAGGCUAGCGACCGUCGGAACCAUGACAGAAGCUGACUUGUACACGCUGUACAAAGGUGUUUAUGUUCCUACAGUUGUUCACACACCGGAAAGCCUCAAAUACUUCGAGGAGUUCAAGUUUCGUCCAGACGACGUUCUCAUCGCCACGUACCCGAAGUCAGGAACGACGUGGAUGCAGGAGGUCGUCCCUCUGAUACUAAGUGGAGGAGAUCCAGCUUCUGUUGAGACUCUGCAUAACUGGGACCGUGUCCCCUGGCUGGAGGAAAAGCAGGCCCUGGUUCUGAACCUUGAUGAGAGGCCAUCUCCUCGCAUGCUGACGACCCACUUCCACUAUGACAUGAUGCCAGCUUCUUUCUUCAAAGUGAAGCCAAAGGUGAUCUACGUCAUGAGGAACCCCAAAGAUGUGUUCACGUCUUCCUUUCACUACUUCAGCAGCACAUCCUUCCUUGUGAAACCAGGCCCGCAGAGCGAGUUCCUCCACAAGUUCCUUGAUGGAAAAGUUAUAUUCGGCUCCUGGUUUGAUCACGUGAAAAGCUGGUUGAAUGCUGAGGAUAAGCAGCACAUAUUUUACAUCUCGUAUGAGGAGAUGACAAAGGACCUGAAGGACUCUGUGACCAGAAUCGCUGGGUUUCUGGAGAAACCGUUGGAUGCUGAGGUGAUAGAGUCAAUCACAAACAGAUGUUUGUUUAAGAACAUGAAGAAGAACAAAAUGUCCAACUACUCUGCGGUUCCUUCAGAAUUUAUGGAUCAGACCAAGUCGGAAUUCCUCAGAAAAGGAGUAGCCGGAGACUGGAAAAACCAGCUUACGGUGGCUGAGGCAGAGCGCUUUGAUGCUGUCUACAAAGAAAAAAUGAAGGAUGUAGAAUAUACAUUUGUGUGGGAUUAAAUGGCUAAAACCAGCGCGUGUCAGUCCUAAAGACUGCACGUAGAUGUGAUCUACAUCCAUUAUAAUACUUUGAAUAUGAUAUAAAACAUGAUCAUUCUUUAAAAGUGAUUUAAACCUUAGAUUUAAGCCAGUUCAGCCCACAUGGGUCCCAGCUCCCACCCGGCUUCCAUCACACUUAGUCAGGAUGGUGGGCCCAGAUGACCUCCUGUAACCUUUUAUAACUCCAGAUAUUUGUCAGUUAGCUUCCCCGUGGCCUUUGAGUGAAUCAGAAUCAACUUGAUUGUCAUUGCUUGAGCGUCUUGAAGCAAAGUUGUCUCUGGAGCACAGCCUGGCCAAGACUAAACAAACACAAACAUAUACAGGCAGACCACGAGAGCAGCCGUCAAGGCGCUCAUUAGACAGAAAAUGAUUACAUGAGGAUAAGAGGGGGGUAGGGGUGGGGGGGCAUUUCAGAGUAAUCCCCGACAGGGGGUAGCCUCGCUAUGCUAAAACACACCUCAACAUACAAACAAGCACAGAACUUCAGACGGUUCACAGACACGAGUCUCCGAGAAGUAGGGGGGAGGGGCUGAGAAACCUCCUUGCUUCAAAGAGCUGCAGCAUCAGUGGAGGGGAGGGGUGGAGGAUGACUCCCAGACAGUUCCAUCACCUUCACCAGGUCACAGUUCCAACCAGGCUGGGAGGAGGAGAAGGUUUCACAGUGUCUGUCCACAUUUCCUCUGUGGGGAAUUUUCAGCCUCAAGGGCACCAGAUUCAGAUGAGAUGAUGUGUUUACAUUAAAUUUCCUCUAUGCUUACAGUUCAGUUGGUCUCAAACCCUCCAAACAGCCAAAUAACAGUGUUUAAACUAUUCCACACCAUCAAGGGACCACUUUCUCCAUGAUGACAUCCAUUUUUUAUGUCAAAGUUGGAAUCGCAGCCAGAGUCUCUAGCUUGCGAUUCAAAGCUCCUUAAAUUUCCAGUAUACCAGUUAACCGCCCACGCCAAAAAGCACAAAUCCGAAAAUGAUCAGUCCAAGAACCCAUACAUCUUUGGUAUCCUCAAUGGAAAGCUUUCUUCCAGGAAUCCAACAUAUGCCCGACCAGGUGCGUUCCAUCUGGACAUGUAGGAGCCCCCUCCUUCAAUCUCAUUGUCAAAAAGAUGUUGUCAGUCACGUUGAAAGACCAACUGACCAGAUCCAUAUUUGAAAAAAUUUCCAUUGCAGGUGAGUUAUCCCUCAGGGAGGUCUCUGAAUUGCUUUUGGUCUGACUUUUCCCCCAAAAUAAGUGGAAGGCUUCCAUCAGGUUGGAAUUAUUUAUCUUAAGCCAAGUUAUGUCCAAUCCUGAUUGUCCAGGGCCACCAUCUGGUCCAUGUUUGAUGUUUCUCUGCGUCAGCAGACUUCUGCAGAGCUUGAUGAGCUCAGAACAGGUGAUUCAACCAUUGAAUAUGGUGUGCUUGAGCAGAUAAACAACUACAUGCCAGAUAGAGACCUCCAGGACCAGCGUUGGGGAGCCCUGCCUAUAAGGCAUGGUAGUGUCUUGUUCCUAAGUGAUGGUAGGACACACAAACCGCUGGACCAGAGCUUCAUUGGAGGUUGUUAAUGAGGGUGUUGCCGUAGUUGUUUUGAGCUGAGCCAACUGUCAAAGCUGUGGAUUCACUGGUCCAUCUUCAUCCAAACCCUACGCUCAUGACAUGAAGAAUGAGACCCCAGAUAUAAGAGGCCUUCAUUUGGAAACCUGGACCAUUGACCUGUUGUUGCAAGCUUGCCACAAAGUGUAUUGUAAAUUUUCAGACCUAUUUAAAAAUCCAGCAACCUGAGGACAGGGCCCAGCUACUGCCAGGAGGAGUUUGAAAAUGCCGGUGAACAUUUCAGACACUUCAUUAGCGAUAGUCACCAACGGUCACCACCUGGUGAGAGGAGUGCUGGUCUGAAAGCCUAAAGCUUCCAAUAAUAAUCAUAAUGAUAAAAGACUUUCCUCGUCUAAAAUAGAACCUGAGAUUUCUCAGCAUUUAUUUGUUUUCAUUCCCUGUUGUUUUUGCUGCCAGCAGUACGUUAAACUGUAGAAUGAUGUGCUAAGUUGUCUAACUUCCCUCCGAUGAUUGAAGUUUUCACACGUAGAAAUGCAGACUGGGGUUUCUCUGGCUGCUGCUGUUGUGUUGGAGGCUCCCUCACACACAUCACAUCUUUACAAAUAAGCAUUUUUAUUGUUACUACGAACGCAUCACUUGGAAUUGACUUUGAUUAAAACUCAAAUAAAAGUAUCUUUCUGUA